AUGAAUGCAACACCAGCGUCUACUAUACAUCAGGUCAAAACUCUUCAGGCUGCUUUCAAAGUAUUGGCUACUUUACAUCUCACUGCAUAUUUAUGGCCACACCAAGCUCAAGUAAAAGAUGGCGAUUGCUUUGACUUCAUAGUAGUUGGAGCGGGGUCAGCUGGCAGCGUCAUAGCCAAUAGACUGACAGAACUAGAGAAUGCCUCUGUUUUACUUAUAGAAGCUGGUGGAGAUCCUCCUAUAGAAUCUGUGAUACCAGGGCUUUUCCCCUUCCUGAAAAAUACAUCAGUUGAUUGGAAUUACGAAACUGAAGAUGAUGGCUACAGUCAACAGUUCCACAAAAAUCGAGGAGUUGAACUGACGAGAGGAAAAAUGCUUGGUGGUUCCAGCUCCAUCAAUUUCAUAGCUUACACAAGAGGAAAUCAACACGAUUUUGAUAACUGGGCUAAUCUUACCAAUGAUGAUACAUGGUGCUGGCAAAAAGUACUUCCGUAUUUUAUAAAAAGUGAAGAAUUAGUUGACCCAAUUCUACUCCAUUCUGAUGCAAGGGCUUUUCAUGGUACAGAGGGAUACUUAGGAACUACCAGAUACUAUAAUAGCGAGGUUCUAAAAUACUUACAAGCCUUCCACGAAAUCGGUCAUGACAUUGUAUUGGACACAAAUGGUGAUACCCCUCUGGGGUACUCUGAAUCUAUGUUUAAUAUUGCUAAUGGUGUAAGACAAAGUACUGCUCAAUCAUUUCUACAUCCCAUCAAAAAUAGACCUAAUUUACAUGUUCUUAAAAAGGCUCUUGUGUCCAAAAUACUUUUUGAUGAUCAUAAGAAUGCUAUCGGUGUAGAAGUUAUUUUAGAAAACAAUCAAACUUUAAGUUUGAAAGCAGAAAAAGAAGUCAUAGUAUCAGCAGGGUCCAUUAACACGCCUCAACUGUUGAUGUUAUCUGGAGUAGGUCCAAAGCACCAUUUACGAAAUUAUGAUAUAAAAAUCGUUUCAGAUCUCCCUGUAGGCCAAACUUUGCGAGAUCACGUCUUUGUCAUUAUGAAUCACGUUAUGGGUAAAUCGCCACCUAAAAAACCUAUGGACCCCAAGAAUUACCCAUUCCCACUCAUUGUGGGUUAUAUCAGUUUGAACAAAAGUCAAAAGUAUCCAGAUUAUCAAACUCUCAAUAUGGUUUUGAGAGAGCCUACUUCAGCUUUGCAGCUCUGUACUUUUUACUUUUCUUUUCUGGAUGAAAUAUGCGAAGCCCUCUAUGAUGCCAGUGAAGGAAGAGAAGUUUUGUUCAGCGCAGUCUCUUUGCUAUAUCCAGAAUCAUCAGGAAAAAUAUUUUUACGUAGUAAAAACCCAAGACAACCACCAAUAAUAUUUACAGGGUAUUAUUCAAAAGAUGAAGAUUUGGACAGCCAUGCUACAUACUUAGAAGAUUUUGUAAAAGUUCAAAAUACUAAAUUUUUUGAAAGCGUUAAUAGUGAACUGGUGGUUCCAGAACAUUGUGGCUGUAAUGGUAUAUUUUCUAGACGUGAAUUUUGGAAAUGCUAUGCUCUGUGUAUGAUGGUGUCUGGGUACCAUUAUGCAGGUUCAUGUCCUAUGGGAGCUGUGGUAGAUUCUAGACUUAAAGUACUUGGAGUACAAAGGCUGAGGGUUGCAGAUGCAAGUGUCAUGCCUAGAAUAACUGGGGCCAAUACUAAUGCAGCCACUAUGAUGAUUGGAGAGAAAGCUGCUGAUUUUAUAAAGGAGGAUCAUUUCUUUGCCAAAGCUGGAUAACAAUUCUGACUUGAAAUUGUAUUAGUUGUAGUAUUUUGCAUUGUAGACGAAUAAGCGAUUGAUAUAUCUGCGACAGUAUGUAUGGUUGUAAGUGAUUGUAUUAAAAUGUUUACCCAGUGGAACA